CUUAUAUGUAAAAGCACCAUUUGCACGAUGCAAUUUGUAAGGGAAGGUUAUAGGCUAAUUUGUUGACUGUGGCUAGGAAUACAAAAAAUGGAUGAUUUGAGAAAACGGUCAACAACCAGAAUUAGGAAGCCCUCUGCGAAGUUAAAAGCUAGUCUGUCUGUCAGUUUCCGACCUUUUGUUUCACAACAGAAAAAGAAUCAGGUAGACUCUGAUCAGAAUGCUUCCAAUGAGACUUCAGCUCAGAAUGCUACAGAAAAGCGAAAAGGGAGGACAAGGUCAAAUAGGCAAGCUGAUGCCAGAAUAAAAUCAAACUUUUAUUGUUUAAAAACGAGUAAGGAGACUGUCAAGAAAACGAGAACAGAAUCAUCAUCAAUUGUAUUGAAAUCAUCUAAAUCAGAUGAUCAUAUUAACGAGGCGGAUGUAAAAAAAUCAGACAAAGUUGAGUCUAAGUCAGGGCGAAAUGUUGGCUCAAGCCAUGAAACUAAGUCUGGCAUGGAAGUUAACUCAGAACAAGAAACUGUGGCUGGCAGUAGCACAGAAGAUGUGCUGAAAUCGGAGAAGAAUCACACUGUUCAAGAAAUUAUGGUAGACAAUAUGACCACAGACGCUUUGAAACCAGUGAAGAAACGCACUGUCCAGGUUUGUGUUAGGUUAAAAGAUAUGAUACUGAUACCAGAGGAAAAGAAAGUAAAUAAAAAAGUAUUUGAACAAUCAACACUAGGUCCUAAAAACAUUAAGAAUGAGUUAAAAAGUGAUGAUGACAAAAGGAAAAGGAGGAAACUUGAUGAUUGGGAUAAUUCAGCUAAACAAAGUUUAGAUCAUGAAAAGUGUGAUGAUUUAAGUUGUGAUGGAAAGGACUUUUUGAAAGAAGGCUAUGAUUUUGGCAGUGUACAAACAAGUUCAGUUUUCAAGGAAGAUGGGAGUUUUGCUGAAACGUAUGAUUCAAAGACAAACUGUAAAGAGAUUGGUUAUCUAUCUGAAACAAGUUUCGAAAAUAACAGAACUAUUAAAAUUGAGGAAUGUAAGGGCAUAAUUGAAGAGAUUGAUACAGGUAAAAACGAAGGGGAUAAAUGUAGAGGUGGAAUAAUAACUAAGGAUGUAAAUUUACAGGCAGAGAUUGACUUUGACGACUUGGAUGCUUCAGAUGAAGAGGUAUCUGAUGUUGAUGAGGCUAGUACAGAAAAGUCACAUCAGUGUCCAGUAUGUUCGAAAGUUUUUGGCAGCAAAUGUAACCUGAGAAAACAUCAGGCACUUCAUACAGAUGACAAGCCUUUUCAGUGUGAGAUCUGUGGAAUGUCAUUUGCUUUGAAAAGUUACCUUAGAGUUCAUAGUGUUGUGCAUUCUGGGUAUCGUAAACAUAAAUGUGACAUCUGUAAUAAAGCUUUCCUGCGGCGGUGCAACCUCAACGCUCAUAAGCGUUCGCAUACAGAUGUUAAAGCUUAUUCCUGUGAUACUUGUGGAAAGAAGUUCAAGUCAAAACUUGGAAGGGAUGCACACUUGAAAGAACAUGAUCCUAAGUCUGGCUACCAGUGUCACAAGUGUGGCAAGUCAUAUAGUCAGAAGGCCUACCUCAGUAAACACAUCAGCAUUCAUGCAGGAGUGAAACCAUUUAAGUGUACUAUUUGUGGGAAAUCUUUUCCCUACAAUCAAAGUCUGCAGGAACAUAUGAGAAGACAUACUGGAGAGAAUCCUGAAACUUGUGAUAUAUGUGGAAAAAGUUUCAACAACAAACGGCAGCUUAGAAAACACAUGCAGUAUCACAACACAGUCUCUCAAUUUGCUUGUGAUGAGUGUAACAUGUUUUAUGACUCACAGCAGUCACUAAACAAACACUUCACUAAAACGCAUAACAGAAGACAUGAAUGUGAUUUCUGUAUUCAGACUUUUGUUAACAAAAAGCACCUUAAAUCUCACCAAGCUCAUGAACAUAAAGAACAUCUAGCAGCAGUUCGUAAAAUGCCUGCAGAGAAGCUUGCCAAGGCCAAGAAAGUUGCAUGCUCACUAUGUCAUAGGGUAUUUUUCAAUCGUUAUGUUUUAAGUAAACAUUUGAUGUCGAAGCAUCAGUUGGGGGAACAAGAUAUGAAGACUUUGCUUAAUAUAAGAAAGAAAGCAAUAAGCAAGAAACAGAUGGAUCAGCAUCGGUCAGGUGAUAUGGUUGAAGACUUCGACAAGGUGCUUGAAAAUGACAAGAGCUUUAGAGUGUAUUAUAAAGAUGAUGAGAUGGCUGUUUAUGUGAAAGGGACAGAAAACUUCGAUUCUAGGUUAAAAGCAAUGGCUAAGGGUACUCAUACCGCAUUAGAUGACAAUGUAAGUGAUCAAGAGGUGAGAUAUAUAGUGUUAGAGGAUAAUGAACUAGUUAAUGCUAAUGAAUAUGUUAAGAUAGGUUAUGCAGAGGAUGCAAGUGAAACAAUAAAUCUGAAAGACAAUGUGAUUGAGAGAGUUUACACUGAAUUAGAUGAAAAAGGUACUGCUGCAUCAAACAUGGCAGAAACUCGAGUACAAAAUGUAGAUGCAAGUGAUCAGAACUAUUACAUGGUUUUUACUGAGGCAAAUGAAACUUCUGAGAAAAUUGUAGAAGAAAUAGAGUCUGACAGUAAAUUUGUUAGUGAAGCUGAAAUACAAACUUUAAGUGAAGAUGGAGCGGAAAGAAUAGUUUUAAUUUUGAAUGAAGGAGAAGAUGGGAAAAGUUUCAUGCUAGAAAAUGGUGAACAUUAUGAAAUAUUAGCUGAUGGUGCAGACUUUCUUCAUGAAGGGAAACAGGCAGGUGAGUAUGAAACUGGUGCAACAGGUCCAAUGGAAAUGACUGAUGGUAGAGUUCAAAAGUCUUUUGAAACAAAUGGAGGAAGUAUUAUUGGAUCCAGUGAUGAUGCUGAAACAGUUAUAAAUCAUACAAGUGUAGAAGUUAAUGCCCAUAAUCUACCAUUGUUGGAACAGCUCCAAACACAUGAAAGAGUAAGUGAAUUAAAAAGUGAAAGAAAUAGUUCUGAAGACACAGACAACAGAGAAACAAAGGAAGAAUGUCAGAAUAAAAUUUUACACCAGUUAAUUAACAGUACUACUAGUACACAAAAUAAGGAAAGUCCACGUAUGCAGUAUCAACGAAUAUCUAAAUCUAGAAAUAUAAAUAUAGUAGAAGGAAAAAAUAUUUUAAUACCAGAUUUAGACAACAUAAAAACGGAGUGUCCAGUGUCUUCUGAUACAAACCAGGACACAGCUUCCAGUGAAAAAGAAGCAACUGACUUAGAAGAACUUCUGCCAAAGAAUAGUUCUGCUCAAGAAUUUGCUAAUUUUGAAAAUGCUUUGAAAUCAAAAUCAGAGGAUUUUCAGAAUGCUGAGGAUUACAAUGAGUUUUUAGACAAAAUGAUUCAGACUUUGCAGAAAGCGAAGCAAACACAUCCAAAGUAAUACAGUGCAAGAAGUAUCGUAGUUUCAGUGAUAUUUACAGUGGUUUUAUUUUUGAUAUUUAUUUAACCUUUAGCCUGCUGAUGGCAAGUGAUUCUGUCUUUGCGACAGUGCAGACCAAGAUCAGCCUGUACAUCCAUGCAGGCUGAUCAUGGUCUGCACUGUUCGCUAUUCAGUCAGUAAAUUUUCAAUGAACACCCCUUUGAAUUAUAAAUGAUAUUGCUUAAAAUGAAUGAUGGACUAGCCCAUUAUAGAAAUUUAGCAGGGAAAGGGUUAAAGAACAUUCCAAAUGUUAUAUGCCGACUUUAAUUUUGAAAUUUUCAUGUUUUAUGUGUGCACCAGUAGUAGAAAGUAAACAGUGAAUCAUACCAUGUAUUCAGCUUAACAAAUGGAAGGUGGUCAAAGACAUAGUACUGCUUUACAAGUUCUAAUGCAUUUUCUUGAAGGAAGCAAGUACAUAACAUUUAAACAAUUGAAAUUCUAUUGAAACUCUUCUCAUAUAAUGUUGAUCAACUUUAUCAUUCGGCAGCUUCUAAAAAUGCAGAGCUAGUUUUGUUCUACUGGCAGUGCAAUCAGUAAGCUCACACUCUUUAACCCUUAUCCUGCUAAAUUUCUAUAAUGAACUUGUCCAUCUUUCAAAUUGGACAGAACCAUUAACAGCUUAAAGGGGUACAUACCAAAAAGAUACUGACUGAAUGGCGAACAGUGCAGAUCAUGCUCUGUCUGCACGAAUAUGCAAGCUGAUCAUAAUCUGCACUGGUCGCAAUGGCAGAAUUAAUUGUGUCCAGCAUGAUAAAAGUUAAGAAAAUAUAAGAGAAAAUUUGGCAAAUGAAAAGCUGGAGGUGAAAUAUAUUUCACUAAGAGAGCACCGGAUGAAAUAUAUUUCAUUAAGAGAGUACCGCAUGAAAUAUUUUUCACUAUGAGAGCACUGUAUGAAAUAUCUCACUAAGAGAGCACCAGAUGAAAUAUCUCAUUAAGAGAGCACCGGAUGAAAUAUCUUUCACUAAGAGAGCACCGCAUGAAAAUUUUUUCACUACGAGAGCACUGGAUGAAAUAUUUUAACUAGUGUCAUGGGGGAAAUUGUCUUAAAGAUACUUUAUAUGUAAAACAGUCAAUUUUUCAUUUUAUUUCACGUUUUUCAGUGGUUUAAACCAAAGUUUGUACAUAUAUAUAUGUUUGUCAAUGAAAUUAUCAUGUUUAUUUAUUAUUUAUUUCAAGAGUUCAGUGAAAAACAUUAAAUUUUAAUAAAACAAAAUUUUGCAAAUAAUCAUGGUGAAAAUUAAAGUGACAAAUUGUCCUAAGAAUUUAUGUACUGCUCCACUAUUGAUGUAUGCAAUAUAUUUUGUGUAUUUCUGUUUGCCUAAGAGAUGUUAUUUAUUAUUUAUAAUGUCAUGUUGAAAAAGUUUGCAGAUAAUAUAGUUAUCAUGUCAUGAA